AUGAUUAUAUAUUUUGUAUUAUUAUCCAAGUUGUAUGGUGCACACGGGACAUUCUAUUUUACUUCACAUUCAUCUGGUGAACACAUCAUUUGCUUAGAAUCUAAUUCUACACAGUUUGUGUCAUUUGGAGGGAGUAAGUUGCGCAUCCACUUAGAUAUUCGAGUUGGAGAACAUGACCUCGAUGCAGCUAUUGUUCAAGCAAAGGACAAAGUUAAUGAAGUAACCUUCAAGCUUCAACAUCUAAUUGAACAAAUGGAGCAAAUACUCAAAGAACAAGACUAUCAAAGGGACCGUGAGGAAAAUUUCCGUAUAACCAGUGAAGAUACCAAUAGAAAUGUUUUAUGGUGGGCUUUUGCACAAAUAUUAAUCUUUAUCUCAGUUGGAAUUUUUCAAAUGAAGCACCUUAAAGAUUUCUUCAUAGCAAAGAAGCUUGUUUAAAAUACUUUACGUGAAAGCAAAUAAUUUGUACAAUGUUUGAGUUAAUAAAACAAAAUACAUGCA